AUGGUGAGUGCAGGUAGCAACAACCGGAAGCAGUGGCACUACGCCAUCUUGAGCUCCGCCCUGUUUGGCUCCGAGGUGACCGUGACCUAUGAACUCAUCUACAUGGUGCUCUGGGAGAAGCUGCUGGGGGUGCCGCUCCAAUUCGUCUCCCUGGCUGGCGUUAUAUCCGCCCUGCUGGGCAUCCUGCUCAUCCCGCUCAUGGGGCGGUUCGGUGACUCGGGAAACCGCUUCAGCAGGAAAGGUUGUCUGGUGGUUUUUAGUGGAUCUAUGCAAGCGUUAGGCGCUGUGGUUUUUAUUGUUGGAUGCAGCCUUAAGGUGUAUCAGGAUUCUGGGAAAUGUGACGUCACGGGUUGUUCCGGUAACGCUUGUUUUGUCGGAACUACUAAUGGCACUACAAAUGACACUUCAACGGUCACAGAGGAAAGUGUGUCGUCUGUCUCAUCAACAUGGACGGCCACUUUGGCGGUCUUGACGUUUGUUUUGGUAGAUAUAGGAUUCGAUACCGGCUCGUCAAAUAUACGCGCUUUUAUGUUGGAGUCAGUGCAGGAGUCACAACACACCAAGGUUCUGUCUCUGGGUGUUAUGAUGGCUGCACUUGGAGGAUGCGUCUUCUCUCUGAUGGGACUAAUCGACUACUCUAACCUGUUUCCCGCGAGUAUCGAUCCAAGUUUAAGCACUGCAAUAGCGCUUAGUAUCUUCCUGGUGGUAUCGGUACUGGUCACAGUAUCGAUUACAUUAAUCAGCGGGCGUUUUUUCAUUAAACGAUUGGAAUACUUUUCUAAUAACUCGAAGAAUCAGGAAGAUGGCGAGACAGUGGAAUGCAAUACAGCGAAAUCGUCCAAAGUGCUAAGCGCUGUUUGCUCGUCUGAAUUCGCGCCAUCUAUAAACAAUGGUAUCCAUAGCAACCUAACUGAACGUGACAAAUUAAACAAAUAUUCUAAGAGAUCUCAAAAUCUUAUAAAAGAGCACCCGACUCAGGACAAAGUGUUUAUUUUGAAGAGGAAACUAGCCCGGACGAAAGAAUGUAUUAAAUCUGUUCGAGGCUCGCAAAGUUUCGUCUGUUUGUUGUUAGCGUGUCUUCUGAAUUUCUUCGCGUCUUCCUGCUGCAUAUGUUUCGAGAUCUACGGCGGGAAUUUUUUAACUGCUGGGGUGUAUCAUGGCGACGGUAGCGCAGCGCGCGGCUCGGAGCCCAAACUACGAUUUGAGAAAGGGGUCAAGGACAUUGCCAUCGCAACGUUCCUAUUUCAAGCCACGUAUUUUCUCUACAGUGUAUUACAUCAAAAAAUAUCUGACAAAAUUGGUCUGAUCAACGAGUUCCUUAUCUCCUCAUUGCUGAUCAUGGUUGCCCUAGCAACGCUUGUUGCCACCAAGCUCGCCCCCCUCUACUUUGUGACGGCCAUUUUGAAUGGAGUAUACAGAUCACUUCUGUUUUCGACACCUUACGUGUUGGCCGCCCGGACUUUGGCCAUGGGCCACGAACCUCAGGAUUAUCUAAAGCAGGCUGCUGAGCCUGACUACAAGAGUAUCCGUCAACAGGACAGGAUAUCCAAUAGCAACAAGACAACAGACAGCCAUACAACAGCAGACAGACACCAGACAACAGGCAGGGACCAGACAGCAGACGACACAAAAACAGACUUCCCACACCCGACAGAUCACCAGUCAAACAACUCCAACGGCCAUCUUGUCCUACACGACAAUAUCCCGACAGGCGGCAGCACUGAGGCGUCCCCUGACAGGUCCUAUGGCGCCACGAUGUCCUGGGUCACCGCGACCCAGCCGUUGUCCUACCUGGUGUUGUCGACCUUCAUGGGCCCCCUGUUGGAGGCCAGUGGGGACCCUGCCAGUCCACUGUACUACGCUCUGGUCACGGCAGGGAUCGGUGCCCUUGUAUUGGUGGUCAACUUGUGGGUCUAUCGCAAGUAUAAGAUUACAGGCUUGGCAUAG